UAUUUUGAUUAUUAGAAAUUAUAAACAAAACUUGAUUUCUACGAAAAUGAUGAUAAAUGAUUCAAAAAAUCAAUUAAACUAUUACAGCAAUAAGUUAAGUAAGAAUUUAUACCUAACUUACCUCUUUCUUUUACUGUAUAAUGUAAAAAGUUUUUAUCAUAUAGCAGUGUAAAACUUCUUUUAUGACAAUUCUUUCACGCUUCUUAAAACGUUGUAUUAAAACUCUGGACAGUAACGACUAGUGACUUGAAAAAAGUGAUAGAAGUUCACGUUCUUAAUUAUAUGUUGUAUAUCGUAUCAUUAAUAUUUUCAGUAUAUAUACAAUCUAAUAUAUAUAAUCUGCUUAAUGAUAGAGAAAAAAACUCGUGCAAACUAAUUUUCAAUAGUAUUUAAGUAUUUAAGGUAUUGGUCUUUACAGAUCCUAGGUAGUAGCUCUUCCUAUUUAAAAUAAAUUUUGCUGUUAAAUAGAGCUAUACAAAUUCCACGCGCAACAUGAAUCAUUAACCUAUCUAUCGAUUAACUGGCUGAAAACAUUUGCUGUUGCUAUAUAUGAAGACUUUGCUCAAAUGACAAUGUUCAGUUGGAAACUUUUCCGCUUUAAACGAAGUUUUCUGCGCUUUGAUCAACUAGUUUAACAGCUUUUCUUUUGAAUUACAUUGAAUAUUUUGUUUCUGUGAAUUCUAAAUAGAAAUAUGUCAAUGUCAACAGCAAGUAUCUUCAAUAGAAAGGCACGGAUUAUCCUCUGUGCUAUAAUUAUGCUUUUACUUUUUAUGUUUUUAUUUAAAAACAUGGAUUAUACCUUAUUCUCAAAUAGAUUUAACAUAUAUCUUCAAAUGAAAAAUGGAACUGUUUAUCGUGUUAAAUUCCUUGAUAUACCUGCUUCUAAACAAAUAAAACCUCAAACUCUUGACAAUAAACCAAGAUCUGUUACGACGAUGACUAAUCUUGCCACAGAUUUCAACAAGAAACUUAGCUUUUUAGGGAAUUUAACAUAUUCAAAAGGAAAUGUUCAAGUUUAUAAUCUAUCUCUGCCUAACAACGACAGGUUUAAAUGCGUUAGUUUAAGACAAGGAAAGAAUACACCAAUUUGUUUGUAUGAUACGAAAGUGGAUUUACAUGUAUCUGGUUCUUUAGCGAGGACUGGUUCUUGGGAGGCUGGAUACCUAAAUCAAGUGAAAUCCUUUCUUAUGCAAAGACCAAAGGCCGGUUUAAUAGAUUUGGGAACAAACUUGGGCGUUUAUACAUUGUUUAUUAGUAAAACGCUUCAACGUCCUGUUCUUUCUGUUGAACCCUAUUAUCCAACCAUUAGAAGAUUGCAUAAAUCAAUUAAAUUAGGAAAAUUAGAAAAAUUUGUGACACUAGUUGUAAAUCCAAUAACAGAUACUCGAGAAACGGUUUAUUUUAGACGAAGUUCAAACAAUCAGGGUGACACCAGAAUCUCUCAAUCAAAGACCAACGAUCGCGGACUUGGACCAAACUCGAGUCACUCAAUACUUAUGGAUGAUCUAAGUGAUGUAGCCAAUUUUACUGAAGCUGUUAUGAAAGUAGAUAUUCAAGGAUAUGAAAUGAAAGCAUUUUCACAUUCAAAACGCUUUUUAGACAAAGUGAAGAUAUUCGCCAUAUUUAUUGAAUGGGAGUUCUAUAGAAAUUCUAAAGCACAUCCUCUCGUGCCUGGCUUUUUGGAGGAGAUGAAAGCCAGAGGAUUAAAACCCUACUCACCAGGACGAAUACCUCUCGCUUUGACUCAAUGGAGAAAGUGGCCGUUCGAUGUCGUGUUCAAAUCAGACGAAGUCAAAUGGUAGUAAUCACAAGCCAUUCAGCCUUUUAUUUACACAUCUUAACCAUAUUAUUGUUGAAGAUUAUCAGUUGUUAUAAAGCAAACAUGAUAAAAUAACCACAUUAAAAGAAAAAAGAAAUUAAUUCCUAUUUUAAUUCAUAAAUUAACCUGCUUUUUAACUCUUUAAAUUGUUCAUAAAUAAUUUUUAAAAUGUUGUGUUAAAUUUCAAUAAAGA